UGUAAACUCUCCUUACCCUCUGUCUCUGCAGCCCCCACAGGAGAGCCUAUUCCAAAGGUCAUUUGCGAGCCUCUGUCUUUGUACUCAAGCCCACAGUUUUAACCGUCCCCAGCUGCCCUGCAAGCCCGCGUCGACGGCCCAGGCCCAGAUCAUGGACCCCAGCCUGCUCCCUGGGCUGGAAGGUGGUAACCGUGAAAAAGAGGGCGACUCUCCCCUGCGGGGCUUCGGAUGACAUCACAUCCUCCCAACUCGAAAUCUGGCUCCUCGGCUGGCCGAAGGGCGCGACUUCCCCCCUCCGCGUCCCACCCGCUCCAGCGCUCGUAGGCACGCGUCGCGCAGCGCAGAGCGCGCCAUGGCCUCCUGGGUGACCCCCCUGCUCCUGCCGCUGGCCCUGCUGCUCCAUGCCGCCGCGGCCGUCGGGCGGAGCGGGUUCCGCAUGUCGCGGGCGAAGGUGGUCGGAGAGCCGGGAGGGAAGGUGGAGCUGCAGUGCGAGGUGCUGCUGUCCCCUGCGGCGCCGGGCUGUUCCUGGCUCUUCCAGAAGAACGAACCUGCCGCCCGCCCCGUCUUCCUCCUGUACAUCUCCCAAACCCGGAACAAGGUGGUCAACGGACUGGACCCCAAAGAGAUUUCGGGCAAGAGGAUCAGUGAGACCCUCUACAGCCUCACCCUGCACCGCUUCCGCAAGGAGGACGAAGGCUACUAUUUCUGCUCUGUCCUGAGCAACUCCGUGCUGUACUUCAGCUCCUUCGUGCCGGUCUUCCUGCCAGUCAAGCCUACCCCUACGCCCGCGCCGCGACCACCCACGAGGGCGCCCACCAACACGUCGCAGCAGGGGUCUCAGCGCCCCGGCAUCUGCCGGCCGGCGGCUGGCAAGCCAGUGGAAAAAGGUGUGCUUGCCUUUGCCUGUGAAAUCUACAUCUGGGCACCGCUGGCUGGGACCUGCGCGGUCCUUCUACUGUCACUGGUCAUCAUCGUCAUCUGCAACCAUAGGAACAGAACACGGGUUUGCAAAUGUCCCAGGCCAAUGCCCAGACCAGGAGGCAAGCCCAGCCCUUCAGAGAAAUACGUCUAACAUGGAGAUGGGCCCUGUGCGACAGCCACUACAAGACCGAACAGAAUUCUCUCUAUGAGAACAGCAACAGUCCUUCCUUCCUUAUAUAUCCAUUCUCAUUAUUAUUUUUGUGGGGGUGGGGUGGGAAGGGUGACUUCUUCUUCAUGUGUUUUCCUUAGUUGACACAAAACAAGACUGUACGUCUACAGUACACCACAAGGGCUCUGAUACCAUUGUGUGCUCGCACUGGGGUGAAGGGUGGGCAGGCCAGAGCUACCACAAGCCGUGUUCUCGGAAUCGGGUGGUUUGAGCUGGGGGGGGGGGGGGUUUGCUUAGCAUGAUGCGGUCCAAACCUCUUUCGUUGACAUUCAGCGAUGGGGAGCAGCUUGAGCAGAGUCACAGCAAGUCUCAGGGCUCGUUCUCCAGCCAUUCAGGUCUUUCUUCUGGAGAUUUCUGUAUCAGUGUGGGGGUGCUGUGUCUCAAACCCUAGGAGCACAGAUGAUUUCUUGAGCAGCAGCCCUAGGCCCACGACUGUACCCACAGCCCUAAGGGGGUUCUAGGAGAACUUCUGCCUUUCACAGAGUUCUCUAAGGUGGUUGAAUCCUAUCAGACUUUUUUUUUUAUAACGACAUGUGGAACUCCAUGGAGUGGGAAAUCCUCAACUAAAGUGGAAGGGGUAAGCUGAAUCCUGGAAAAUGAGAAACUCCACCUCUAAAGACAAUCUGUGGGAACUCCCCCAGUGGAGGCCGAAUGGCUCUCCCAGCCCCCCGCAGUGCAGAGGGGCCCGUGAAAGAGGAGAGACCACCCUGUGACAAGUAUGAUCUGAGCAUCAGCACAGUGGAACGGCGGUCCUCUUGAGCCUCUGAACUUGAGACACCGUGUCCGCUCGUGCUCCUGGAACAUCAUGACUGCUGAUGGUGCGGAAUGGUUACAGAGCUGCCAGCACCGGCCCUGGCCUCCCCUCAACCGGCAGAUGAGGGGCUGGGACGGAAGACACUCUGGUGAGGAGGCGGCCAGCCAAACCGGCUGCCCUCCACACGCGUGUUUCCUCUCGUCCGAGUUGAACAAGAAUCGAGUCCUCACUGGAAGAAAAAACUCAAAUGAGGAAGUAAGAAUCACCCAUAAUUCUUUACCUCAGGUGUAAUCCAUUGUUAAUAGCGUGGUGUACAUUCUUCCUGAUGAUUUUCUGUGCAUAUAUGUGAAGUAUAUACUUCUGACUUUUAAAAAAUGCAAUUGCUCUGCUUUUUAUAAAUGGCUUUAAUAAAAAACAUUGAUGGCA